AUGUACGAGGAGGUCAACAAAGAGAGAAGAGAAAGAAAACACCAAGAAUGGGAGAUGAAAUACCCAUUUUACAAGUACUUGGGAGAAAGAGCCAAGUACUCGGAGGACCUGGUGGAUCGCCCACGCUCACCGUUGGACAUCGAAGUCGAACUUUUCGUGAUUACUGUCGACUUUUUCCGGAUCACGAAAUCUCAAAUCCGAGAUUUCUUGUGCAACGAGAGGAAACAAGAAACCAGUUUCCGGGAGGAACAUUACAUCAAAUUCCAACCAAAUUUGGGAACAAUCGAUAUGGACAAUAUUUGGGAAAAGAACCCAGAUUGGAAGGAAUUCUUCGAAUUGACAUCACGAAAACUCAGGUCCAAGAUUUCUUGUGCAAUGAGAGGAGAGAGGAAAACAAAUCGAGAGAGAAGCAACCAGCUUUUGAAAAAACGACAUGAACCAUCAAAGAAGGCCGUCUCACCGAAACCAGCACCAAAUCAAUACUUCUAA